UUCAAGUGAGAUACUUACUGUCACUACUCUGGAGGAGGUUCCAGAGGCACCACCCAGAGACGUUAAGGUGAAAAUGAAAGAUUCAACAUCUCUUGUUGUCACAUGGAAGCCUCCUGAUUUGUAUCUUCAACAUGGUGAAAUAAUAGGUUAUUAUAUUGGAUACAAAAAAUCAAAUUCAACGGAAGCAUAUCACUAUAAAACUUACGAUAUGCCUCCUGACACGCCUUUGCAAUAUGUUUUGACAAAUCUUCAGAAGUAUACCCAGUACACAGUGUUGGUCCAGGCUUAUAACAAAAUUGGCGCUGGUCCACGAAGUCAAGAGGUUAUUGCAGCAACAGAUGAAGAUGUUCCAGGUGCACCACCAAAUGAUGUACAGUGCACAUCUCUUACAUCACAAAGCAUCCUGGUGCUUUGGUCUCCACCACCUGAUUCAGAAUUCAAUGGAAUACUAAGAGGCUACAAAGUGCUUUACAAACCUUUAUGCUAUGGAGAAGGGGUGUCCGCUCCUUCAGAACUCAUUACAAUUGACCAAAAAGUGGAGCUGAAGAAACUUGAGCAUUUUUGCAACUACAGUGUACAAGUUCAAGCAUUUACAAGUAAAGGUGAUGGUGUGAGCAGCCAACCUACCUUCUGCAGGACUCAAGAGGAUGGUAUGACACAUGUUAGUUUCAUUCAAUUAAUUAUGGCACUCUGA